GACGUGCCUGCAGUCACAGGGUUUAUUUAACACGUAGUCAAAACCCACCCAGCUCUCACACAUUCAAGCGGGCGUGGAGCCUCCCUAGACAUACUAUCGAGUCCGGACCUCAGGGUGACAACACUGCGCAGUGCCCAACUCCGGCUCACAGCGGGAACACACGCACACACGCAUACUGGAUAACAGGAGAUACUUUUUGCUUUAUUUUUGAUUCUUGUGAUUGUGUAUGAAGUGCGACUGCAGAGAUACAUUUGGAUCGUUUUAAAGGCUUUUUGAAGUCAUUUCUUCGGGUUUCACAGUUAAGCAAUAUGGAGAGGAUUACCAGCGCGCAACCACCUCCAAAACACCAAUCACUGGAUAUAGCUGACAUGCAAGGAAUCGAUUUUCCCAUUUAUGUGUACAAACCAAGGAGGGGCAUGAAGCGAGAUGAGAACAAGGAGACAUACAAGUUGCCGCACCGACUGAUCGAAAAGAAGAGACGUGACAGAAUCAACGAGUGCAUUGCCCAGCUGAAGGAUUUGUUGCCAGAACAUCUUAAGCUUACAACGCUGGGUCAUUUGGAGAAAGCUGUGGUGCUGGAACUCACUCUCAAGCAUGUGAAAGCCCUGAGCGGCCUCUUAGAGCAGCAACAGCAGAAAAUUAUCGCGCUACAGAACGACCUGCAAAUCAGUGAUCAUGGAGGUGACAGCGCAGAGAGCAGCGAGGAGAUGUUCCGCUCUGGCUUUCACUUGUGUGCAAAAGAGGUCCUCCACUAUGUGGCCAGCCAAGAAAGCAGCAGGGACUUGACUCCGUCCCAUAUCAUCAGCCACAUCCAAAAGGUAGCCACUGAAGUCCUGCAUCAUCAGAGCAGCCCACACCUGGACGAGAACAUCCCUCAAGCUUCGGAGAAACCGAAGAAACCUGCUGGAGAGCCCCAAAGGGCAUCCGAGGGCCCAGCUAAGAACUGUGUUCCCGUCAUUCAAAGGACUUACCCCCAUGCAACGGGGGAGCAAAGCGGCAGUGACACAGACACUGACAGCGGCUAUGGCGGAGAACAUGACAAGCGCGACCCCAAAGCCCAGUGGUCAGAGAGCCAUGCGAAGGAGGAGGUGAGGGAGCGCAAGCGUGUCAUGUCAGAGAGGACAGCCGGUGCCUUCAAGCAGGAGGGUGAUGAGCCUCGGGCCAAGAAGUCGAGGUCUGACUCCUCCGAGGACGAGAUUCUCUCUGGUCAUGCGGCAGGAGGCGGCCCUGGCAGCUACAUAAGCUUCUCCCCCAACCAGCCCCCGUUUUGUCUCCCCUUCUACCUCAUCCCCCCUGCAGCUGCAGCAGCGGCGGCCUAUCUUCCCAUGCUGGAGAAAUGCUGGUACCCCGGGGGCAUGCCAGUUAUGUACCCGGGCAUGAGCGGCUCUGCAGCGAGCCUGCCCCCAGAGACACUUUCCUCGUCUUUGGUGAUGUCCCCAAGGGCAGGGUCUCCAGCAUCCUACCAGAACCCCGCAGACUCCCCUGUUCUUCACAAAGCUUUACAGCAGGUCUCCCCGUUGAACUUGGAAACCAAAGACUAAACAGUUUCUGUUGGAAUCUUGCCCUCUGAAUGUUGAUGGGGUUGAAUGGUUUCACCCGUUGAAAAGAGCGUAAACUCAAGCACUGGUAUCCCUUCAAACCACAGCCGUUGUUUGGCCCAUCAGAACAUCGACCCCAGCAAAGACCCCAAAUGGUCGCCGUCGUCUACCAUCAACCCCUCACACACUGAGACAGGACUUACAUGGGCAACCUGGAGUGCCCAUGUGAAGGCUCUUAGAUCACCUGUUGCAUGGCUCUGAAACACUGUGAAGAUGAUCAGCUUAGAGACGAUGAGUGCGCCAUAGAUCGCAAGUUUUUUGUGUAAGGUUAAUUUUUUUCCGCACUCAAUGAAUGUUCGAGGUAAACACAGAAUGUAAGGCACAGAUAAGCCCCCCAAAAAUGAUUUGGACCUCCAUUUUGCACACGCACCACUCUGUAAUGAAUGUAAAGAUUGAACAAAAGCCCCUUGUAGAUGCUGCUUGAAUUCUUAUUACCUGCUGUAGAUCUACAAAAAGAUCUACCCUCAGUGUUUGUCGCUCCUGUAACUGCAACAAACCAUUGUUCGGACUAGAAUGUUACCAAAAGAAAUCUUGACGAGACAUCACAAAAGACAUUGCUCCUUUGACCCUUCAAUUACCUUGCAGCUAAACGAACACAAGUGUUCAAAGAAUUCAGGGUGUUGUCACUGUAUGAGGUGUGUCACUCAUGUCUGUUUAAAAGUGAUGUGGCCAUACGUGCUUUUACGUUUUAGUUUGUGACUCAUGAUAUAUUUGUGCAUCUAGAUGGAGUUCCUGUGAAGUUAUGUCUUGUAAUUAUUUUGGUUUAUACUACUCGUACAUCUCUAUUUUUGAUACGUGACCCACUGAGUGUAUUUGCAUCGCUACCGUAGGAAGGUUGAGGCAGUCAUUUGCUGUAUGCCAAGAGAACGUGUACAGUAUGAUAGCAUUGUGCUCAACCACAUUUGCAUCUUGCCCACAUAUUCCCUGUCAAGUUAAGGCCUGAUCUUAGCUCAUGCUGUUGCCUUUACUCGCGUAACGCAGACACAACGAUGGCAGGUGUUUAAAUGUAUUUUUGCUUUAAAUGUUGUGUCUGUGGCAAAAAGAGUGAAUGUAAAGUUCAAACAAAAAUAAUAGUUUUGUAUAGAGAGAGGUACUUGGGAUUUUUAUUUUGAAAUGUAACAAAAGGUUGUUUGUUGUACAUAUUUUGUAUAUAAAGUAUUAUUGAUAUAUAUUAAAAUAUUAAUAAAGCUUUUUUUUUCCCCCC